AUGGACGGGAACGGGCAUUACGUCACCGGCCUGCCCUCUGCCUCUGCGCACAUCGGCGGCGACGAACCUUCAGUCUUGGAGCAGCAACAGCAGCGCUCGCCGGCCAAGGCGCUACCGGCCGCCGCCCGCGCGGUGCGGCUGAACCAGAAGCGGACCAAGAACUUCAGCGACAAGGAGGACGAGAUGCUGGUGCUGGCGUGGCUCAACGUGAGCUCGGACGGGCCGGCCCACGGUGGCGAGCGCGCGCCCUACUGGAAGCGGAUGCACGACUACUUCCACGCGCGCAGGGACUUCGAGUCGGAGCGCAGCGAGAACUCGCUCCUCCACCGCUGGUCCACCAUCCAGGACAACGUCAAGCGCUUCGACCGCUGCGUCGCAGACGUCGUCGACGGCCAGGACGACAACUCGCUCACGCCUCAGGACACGGUGGUGCAGGCGCUGGCUCUCUUCAAGUCUGAAGACAAGAACAACAAGUCGUUCCAGUUCCUGCACUGCUGGAACCUCCUGAGGUCGCACCAGAAGUGGAUCGAGAGGUCGUCGCAGAUCUCGUCGCAGAAGCUGGCGUGGAUCAACCGGUCGUCGUCGUGUUCCCAGACCCAGGUGGUGGUGGCCUCCUCGUCUCAGAAGAAACAGAAGACGACUCCCUGUUCGAGCCCGGGCUCGUCUGCUCCGCCAUGCGACGACGACAGUUUAGAGGCUGCGGCUCAGGAGUGUGAGGUGUUGAUACAGCCAGUGGAUGUGAACAAGGAGAAAGAGAAUUUACAGCAAGGUGGAGCUGGUUUGUAUUACCUGGAGGCGUCAGAUGAUCUCUGGGGGAAGAGGAAAGUGGCUGAUGAGGGGAGAGAACUCAACAAUGGCCAGGGAGAUGAACAUGCUGAGACAGACAGAGAUGAACAAGCUGAUGCGGAGAGACAGAUCAACAAUGGCGAGAGAGACAAACAUGAGAGACAUAAACAUGCGCUGGAACAGCAGAAGGUUGCGUUAGAACAACAGAAGGUUGCGCUAGAACAGAAGUAUGCACUGGAACAAAAGAAGGUUGCGCUAGAACAACAGAGGGUUGCGCUAGAACAACAGAAGGUCACGCUGGAACAAGCCAGGGCUGCUAAUGAGGCGAGGAAUCUUGAGAUAAAGAGGAAAGAAUUGGAUUUGAAGAGCAAAGAGGUAGAUUUGAAGAUCAUGUUAGAAGAAGAGAGAAUCAUGACUAAGGACACUAGCGGCAUGUCUGAGCUGCAACAGCAGUACUACAAGAUGCUGCAGAAUGAGAUCAUGACUCGGCAGUUCAAUAGCUCGCGUUCAACUUGUGUGAACCUCUAG